AGAGAAUGAGGAAGGAGGCGAAGAAGAAUUCAGCAAAGUAAGUGAGGCUUUUCAAAGGAGCAGAUGCAGACGAUGCUUUGCUGCCGAGAAGGAAUCGCAAUAAACAAACUUCACAAAAGCAAUGGCUUCCCCAUUUCCUCUGAACACCUCCUUAGGUCCCUCCUCGUCCUCUGACCUCCACUGUCCUCUUCUACAGACAAUGGUCUCUCACACCCUGAACAACGACACUCGUGUGAACCUGGCGGUGGUUUCCGUGCACGGUGUGGUGUCCUGUUUGGGGAUCCUCGAAAACGGACUGGUGCUGUGGGCAAUUGGCUGCCGUCUCCGUCGCAAGACCGUUGCAGCUGUGUGGGUUUUGAAUUUGGCACUCUCAGACUUCCUAACUACACUAACUCUGCCACUUUUCACUUAUUACUUACUAAUGGGUCACAGCUGGGAGCUGGGAGGCCUACUAUGUUCCGCCCAGUCCUCCAUAUUUUUCAUCAACAUGUUUGUAUCUGCUUUUCUACUGGCUGUGAUAUCGUUGGAUCGCUGCUUGUUAGUGGCCAAACCGGUGUGGACUCAGAACCGGCGCACUGUGUCGGCAGCAUGGAAGAUUUGUGGACUGGGAUGGGCAUGGGCAGCACUAAACGCGUUUCCGUAUUUCAUGUUUCGAUCUGUUGUGGAGAAACAAGAUGGCCGAAAACUCUGCUACCAUAAUUUCGCACUGUACUCUUCUCCGAGCUCACUACAUAUUGACUGUAAGGUGCGACAGGCGGCAACUGCGGUGUCCAAGGCAUUGUUGGCAUUCGUCGUGCCCCUAGUGGUCAUCGCCAUCAGUUACACAUCUUUGGCCGUACUACUGCGAGCUCGGAGAAAGAGGCUGGAGAAGAGACGCCUAGAUAUGACCAAACGCAAAGAGAGUAAAUCGAGUAUUUUCGGCAGCCUGUCCACUGCUUCCUCGUCGGGCAGAAAUGCCGCUCAACUCUCGCCAGGUUUCACAAAAAUGGUUGUGUCUGUGGUCUUGACAUUCUUUAUCUGCUGGGUACCAUACCAUGUUUUCUGUUUGCUUGAGGUUGUUGCUCAGUACAGACCACACACGGUUGAGUUGGUGGAGGUGUAUUUGCCUUUGGCAACAACAUUUGCUUUUUUGAACUCUGUGUUGAACCCGAUCAUUUACGCUUUUAGCUGUCCAAGCUUCUGUAUGCGAAUCCAACAGAGUCUGGGGGCUCUGUUUGAGGGACUGGUAGAGGAAACAGGACCAAUAAUGUCGGCCUCAGGGAGGAUCAGGAGAAAAAUGACAUUGUCUCCCACUUCUCCCAGCACACCCACUAGCCCCAGCGCCUUACGAAUCCAGCAAGACUCCAAGGAUUCCACCAACCUCCUCGGCUUUAAAAGGUCUUCCUUAAAAGAUGGAGAGGAGGAGGAAAAAAUUUAACUUUGAGAUGUAGAAAUAUUUUUUACUCUGUUGUACAUAAGAUGAACAUUACUGAAAGGAAAGUCCCCAUCACUGGAUGGUUAUAUAAGCCGUUUCUUUCUCUCUCCUUUGCUUUCGUCUGCUCGGUAAAAAGCCACAGUGAUGCUGGAUUACCUCUGAGGUUGAUGUGAUUUUGAGAAUAUUAAAGGGAGCGCGUCCUUACAACUGGUGAAAAAACAAUGUACUAAAAAACAAAAAUCCCUCAAUCACAGACAAAAAACGACAUGGCCCAUAUUCCUGUCUCGGCUCUCUCACGGUGCUCAGAUUAACCCUCGACCACACAUACAUAUAUACAACAUUACUGCUCAGAUUAAUCUAAUCCUGACCACACGUACAGAUAUAACAUUAUUAAAAACAUUUGUAUCUUAAAAGGUGUAAAAAAAAUCAGUCACUGGUAUUUGUCUAGGCCUUUACCACUGAACUCAUUCAUUUAGUCUUAAAUUUAUUUUUUUAUGUUUUAG